UUGACGCGUUCUGACACGGACGCGGGUUUUAUUUCACAGCAUUGAAUUGUGUGUGUUGUUUGUUAAUUCGCUUCGUUCUGUGGCCAAUUUUAUUGGGGGCCAGCUGCGAAAUCAGUUUUGUGCGGUGUUGGCCAAAACAAGAAAGAAAAAAGUGUCGCAAACAGCCGCAUUAGCAUAAUCGCAUGCCGCCUUUUGCAUAUGUGUGUGUUGGUUUGGUUUGAAAGCAUCAGCAGAAAAGGCGGCAAAAAGAGAAGCAAAGAAGGGAGAAAACACAAAAAAACUGCAACGGCAAACAUAAUUAUUUUCGCAAUGCAUUCAACGUGAAGUUGCUCCAAAAACACCGACACUCCACCAAAAACGCAUACAACUGUAAAAACUGCACUUUAUUUUUUCUUCUUUUGCAUCAGGAAUAAACUGCAAUACAGAAAAAACCUGUUAAACUUGACCUGAGGUCGGAAUCUUACCGCUGACACUGGAAAGAUUAUGAGCCUUUUGUGUGCGCGACGCAAUUAACUGACAGCACUUGAAAGUAUGCUACACAAAUUUGUUUCAACUUGUUACUGCAACAAUAACGACAAAUACAACAACGGCAACCAUCCCACGCAAUUUAUUAUAUAGACUGCGUAGUGAGGAAGAGCGAGAAAGCAACUGCAACUAGCAACUAGCAACAAGAAGCAACAACCAACAACAACAACAAACCAGGAAACGAAACUGGAAUAUAUAGAAAAUUCUACAACAAGAUAUAACAACAAAACAGUAAAGCUGUUACUCCUAAAGGUAAACGGAGCCACCGACGGCAACUACAACACAAAGAUGGCGUCCUCACCGACACCAUCUCUGGACUCGAUGCGGGGCGGGGCAAACUCGAUUGAAUCGUACGAACACGCCGGCUAUCUAUCAGACUCACCGCUCACGUUGAGCGGUUCAUCGCCACCGGCCAGCGAUUCGGCCAUCUGCAGUGAUGAGUACACAGGCGGCAGCAGCGUUAAGUCGCGUUCCGAGGUGACGGUAAUCAAUGGCCAUCACCCGAUCUCGGCCUCGGUUUCGUCCAGCUCAUCGGCCAGCUCAUCAUCCUGCUCGUCGUCGUCCUCGUCCUCAUCCUCGUCUUCGUCAUCGUCCAGCUCCUCGACUAGCGGCCUCAGCGGUUGCGGCAGCACCAGCAGCAGUGUGAUUAGCGCCAAUAAUGUGGCUAGCAGCAAUGGACCAGGGGUGAUUGGUAGCAAUCUUCAGGGCUCAAACAAUGGCAGCAACUCAGGCAUCAGCAGUCUGGUUGUGGGAGCCGGCAAGGGAAGCAACAGCAGCAGCAACAGCUCCUCGAGCAACACAUCCGCCAAUGGAUCACCGCCACGUUGCACCGCCUGCAAGAGCAAGUGCAGCGAUGCCGUGGCCAAGUGCUUCGAUUGUCAGAGCUAUCUGUGCGCCAACUGUGUGACUGCUCACGAAUUUAUGCACUGUUUCAACGGGCACAACGUGUGCUUGAUCAAGGGUUUCGAGGCGAGCACCACUGGUACUCCUCUCUCCGUGGGUUCGCCCAGCAACAAUCCGGCCUCGAAUGAGUUCAAGUACUCUAGUUCGCUGACCAUGAUGCUGCAGCAGCAGCAGCAACAACUCGACUCGCAACAACAGCAACAGCAGCAACAACAACUGUUGCCGGCGCAGCCUAUGUCUCAACUCUCGAAGAUUGUACUGGCAGCCGCUGCCCAAGCAAAUUCCCAGGAGCAACAGCGAGAGGAUAGCAUCUAUGGUUCUCUGCACCCUCAGCAGCAACAGCAGCAGCAAAGGCAACUUUUCUGCCCGCGUCACAAACAGGAGCUGCUCAAGUUCAGUUGCCGCACCUGCUGCAUUCUGGUGUGCAAGGAAUGCAUUGUAUUGGAACACUCUACAGGUCUCCAUGAACUGGAGAACGUGCAGUCACCCGGAUUGUCAACCUCGACGGGAUCAACGGCCAAUGAGUCAGCUUUGCAGACUCUGCUCGCAGACAUGCGCGGAAAGAUUGGCGAGAUUGUCGGCAUUGCCGGAAAUUCGGACCAGAAUCUCACCAAGGUUAAGCUGCAGUACCAGAAGGCACACAACGAGCUGAACGAGACGCAUCAGUUCUUCGCCUCCAUGCUCGAUGAGCGCAAGACAGAACUUCUCAAGGAGCUGGAGACACUGUACUCGGCAAAGGUGAACAGCAACAGUUCGUGGCAGCAACGUUCCCGUGACUUGAUCGACAAGGGACUGGCCACCUGUGAAGCGGUUGAACGGAGUCCAGCUCCGCCAUCCUCUUUGCUGACAGAGGCCCUGCUCUUGCGCAAAUCUCUGGAGCAGCAACUACAGAUGGGCAUCCAGGAGAUGCAGCUUCCCUUCGAAAUGGAGUUUAUGUCCAAUUAUCAGUCGAUUCAGGCCGGAGUGCGCAACACUUUCGGUUACAUUCGGGCAAGCAGCUCGGACGGAGGACAUGCUGGCCUAAGCCUGACCAGCAAUGGUCAUGGAAAGCAGCCCCCGAUUGCCAGGCCUACACAGAGCGCCAGCAACAGUAGCGCCAGCAGCGCGGGUAGCCAUCACGGUCAUCAUCAGCAGUCUCAUCACCAUGGGCAUCACAAUCAUCACCAGACUUCACACCACCAACAACUGCAGGCACAAUCGUCGCUGCAUGGCUUGGGUCUUGGUUUGAGUGGAUCCAGCUUGUUGGACAGCAGCUCAAACGGCACUGGAGCUGGCGGAGCAUUCAGCAACGGAAGUCUUCUGUUGAGCGGACGCGAUCGCAAUGCCCUGGCAGUGGAACAGCACUUCGGCGAGCUUAUGCCUAAACGAGGCGGUGGCUACAGCGGCAGCAAUGGUUCGGCCGUCAGUACCGUAGCCCACUACAAUCCCUACGAGAAGUGGAGCAACGGAGGUAGCGACAACCUCUUCUCGUCAGUAACAAAUGGCGUUGCCGGUAGCUCUGCUGUGGCUGAUGCAUUCGCCAGCCUGUCUUCGGUUGGAGGAACCGUUGUGGGUGCCGGUGGAGCCGGCGGAAGUACCGUGAGCUCAGAGUCCUUGCUGGAUCUGACCAACAAAUUGCUUUCUGCCACUAUCUAUCCGCCCAAAUCGCAGAUCAAGCGUCAGAAGAUGAUCUACCACUGCAAGUUUGGCGAAUUCGGCGUGAUGGAGGGACAGUUCACAGAGCCCAGCGGUGUGGCAGUUAAUGCCCAGAAUGACAUCAUUGUGGCUGAUACGAACAACCAUCGCAUUCAGAUCUUCGACAAGGAGGGACGCUUCAAGUUCCAGUUUGGCGAGUGCGGCAAGCGUGACUCCCAGCUGCUGUACCCGAAUCGUGUGGCCGUGGUGCGCAAUUCCGGCGAUAUUAUCGUCACCGAACGCUCGCCCACGCACCAAAUCCAGAUCUACAAUCAGUAUGGACAGUUUGUGAGGAAGUUCGGUGCCACAAUUUUGCAGCAUCCUCGUGGUGUGACCGUGGACAACAAGGGACGGAUCAUUGUGGUGGAAUGCAAAGUGAUGCGUGUGAUCAUCUUCGACCAGAAUGGCAAUGUUCUGCACAAAUUCGGAUGCUCCAAGCAUUUGGAGUUCCCCAAUGGCGUGGUGGUUAAUGACAAGCAGGAGAUCUUCAUCAGCGACAAUCGGGCGCAUUGCGUCAAGGUAUUCAACUACGAGGGCCAGUAUCUGCGGCAGAUUGGCGGCGAGGGCAUAACCAAUUAUCCAAUUGGUGUCGGAAUCAACUCCAACGGGGAGAUUCUUAUUGCUGACAACCACAACAACUUCAACCUGACGAUCUUCACGCAGGACGGUCAGCUAAUCUCGGCCCUCGAGUCCAAGGUGAAGCACGCCCAGUGUUUCGAUGUGGCGCUCAUGGACGAUGGCAGUGUGGUGCUGGCCAGCAAGGAUUACCGGCUCUAUAUCUAUCGCUAUGUCCAACUGGCGCCAGUGGUAUUGCACAAAUUGCACAGCAACAUCAAUGACAACAAGAGCUUCUUGGCAGACAGAAUACAGCAACAUUUCAUUUGAAAGAGAAAAAUGUUUAAUGUUUAAUAACCAAAACAUUCCCCAAUUAAUUGUGUUAUGUUAAAUUUGUUAUUGAAGAGAGAGUAAGAUGUAAAAAUAUGAAUGGAACGAACGCAUUCAUUUCGAUGGCAAUGCAUGGACAAGUUUACGUUACGCAAUUAUUUUAAAUCAAUUUUGGGACUCAAAAAAUUAUAUAAAUAAUAUUUAAAUAUAUAUUUGCAAUUAGUGGAAAUGAGUCUCUACGGUCGAACCGCACACAAACACAAACAAAACAAACACAAACACACACACACACACACACAUACAUACAUGAAUCAACGUUGCUAAAUCAUUGAAAUAUGCAUAAAUGUUAGCUCAUCUUACUCAUAAUCACGCAUUCAACAUAGAUUUUAAUAUUUAUAAUGCUAUAUAGUGCAACUAAGCCCCGAUCAUGGAAUCAUCAUCUAGUCAUCAUGCAUACAUAUAUGUAUUUUUAUAAUAAUUAAUAUUAAAAAAAAAACAAAAACAAAAAACAAAAAACAAAAAUGAAACCGAAAAAGAACACCAAUCUAAUGUUAAAUGUCGUUAUAAUUAAGUUUUCUUUAUAUACACAUAUAUAUUAUGUUUUAGCUAACGAUUUAUAUAUUUUCCAUGUAAGGAUUGAUUUGAACGUCUACCGCAAUUUGAAUUUCUCUGCUAAAGCCAAGUUGAAUUUUAAAAUAAAAAUAAAUAAAAAAAACAAGUGUAUACUGUA